AUGUCGUUCAGUUCUCCAUUGGACCAUGAGUCAUCCGGUGCUCAAGAAUGGAGACUCGUCGGAUAUGGCAAACAGGGUCCCAAAGCCUCUCGAGCAAAGGAGAGUGUAGCUAAUGAACCUCGAGGGUCUCUUGCCAAAAAUGCAGUCCGAAACGAGCCUUCGAAAGCACCCGCUCCUAGUACACCCGCCGCGGCUACAAAUACCCCUGGACGCUCGAGAGGAGCGAAGUAUUCUGCUAGAAGAUAUUCAAGCUCCCGAGGCAGAGGAGGGAUCCAGAGCACCACACCACCGACAAAUUUAUUCAAAGACUCUCCGGCCAAGUCUAGAUGGCGAAGUGGAUCCGAUCCUACAGGUCUUGUGAAGUUGCCGGCUCCUUUUGGAAUCUUGAAAAAUGAAUUUUUUGGCCUUGCAAAGUCUUCCGGAUCUAUCAAAAAGUCGUCGGCGCCACAAGGUCGUCACGAGGUUUUCGAAGAAAUUUGCAAGAAAACAGGGGCCUUUAUAAAGCCACCAUCUUAUACCGACCAUGUCAUUUAUCUGUGGGGCGAGGCAUCGCAGGUUUCUGCCGCAAAGGACUUCAUUCUGAGCAUUAUUACAAAAUGCAGUCUGUCACACAAGAAAAGGACAGAGUGGAACAAAAUCAAGGCGCAUUCGAUAAACAAGGAGGCAAACAUCGACCUUAGGGAGAGACACGAUGCCAUCAUUCAAGUGCUGCGAAAGGCACCGGAUGAUAUCUCAUUAUUUCCCGAGCAGCUUCUUUUCCUUUGGCCAAAGGAUGGUCCUUCACUGAGUGAAUCGCUCGGCUCGCAGCUCGAGUCCCUCGAUUAUAUCAGGGCGAAGUUCAACUGUCAUAUGUUUGUCCCGAAAGACAUACCCAACCACAUCUGUGUUCUCGGCCAUAGUUACGAUAACAUGAUACAGAUCGUCCAGCGCCUUCGGAUCAAGUGGACUGAGACCAUCGCAAACACUAACAUGAAGGCCAAAGCCUACAUCAUUGAGCCCCCAGGUACCAUGAAGAGGAUUGUCGUCAAGAAUGACACCUUUGUUGGAAAGGCGUUCCUCGAUGGAGCUCGUCCCAAAGGGCCCGAUGUGGCUAGAUGGCGCAGCCGGGCGGACUUGAUACGUUCAAAAAACAAUACCAGACUUUUGAAUGUCGUUGAAAAAUGCCUCAAAGGUGUGGCUGCUGUCCGUGGACACCUGAGAAUGCGAGUUAAUAUCGGCUCGUUCGUGCUGGAUGAAUACCGUCUUCCUGCUGAUGGCGGAAAGGAUUACGAUUUCGAGGAAUUCCGGGAGAUGAUGCUACACGAGCAAACAAAAGGGCGGUUGAUACCAGGUCUGAAAGUCCAGCAUGAGGAACUCCUUGCCAGAUGCUACAAGGCCACCCAUUUGCUUGAGCCGUACGAUACUACGACGGGCUCCUUGGAAAACGCCGAACCCGCAUUUUCCGUGAAUUUUGAAUUCCAGGGUAACCGACACUCGAUGCUUCGACUGGAAGCCGAGUUUACCAAAAGCCCCGGUGCUCAUGAUUAUGAGAUCACUCAACGACGAUGGCUCAGAACGCGUAGCAUGGGACAACACAACGGAAGGCGCUCACCCCUGCAGGUGGGAAUUACUGAUUUCGAAAGAUCUGACUGGCAACUCGAGUUGAAGUCCUUGGAGUUCCACGAAGCCUCUUCCAUUGACGCCUACUUGCGAGAAUUUUCGCAUACUAUCCGAUUCCAACGCACUGCUAACGUUGAUGAUAUUUCCGCCAAGCCUGAGAGAAAAGUGACAUUCUCCGCAUCCGCGCCGGUGUCCCGUUUCAUCGAGAAAACCGCCAUUCGUUAUCGACUCAAAGGAACGAAAUGUAUACUGGAGAUUGCCCGGUACGACGAAUAUACCCGUACGGUGCCAGCGUCGCCGGACCAGAUGCCACAGGUCUAUGUGGGUGUGGGCCCCUUUACUGGGACUCCUCAUACCUCCUGGGGUGCAUCGGUGUUCGAUCCGACUUGGGAUAACCUGCUGGGUGAGCACGGCAAUCUACAGGUCGGACAUGCUGCGGGAUACAACCCUGGGCUUGACACCUUCUUCUCACCAAAGGAUCCAUCGAAUAACAAAGACAAACGGAGAGGAUUUUGGGACUUCGUCAACAUGGUGAAGCAAAUCGCGGAGAUGAUGGGUCCUACAGGGGCUCCACAAACUUUUUCUGAGAGAAACACGCCUGCAAACAACGAACGUUCAUUGCAGACCGGUACAACAAAAGACCAGGGGGCAUCGGGCGGCUCUUCGCCGGCCACCGGCCCCACUGAUCUUGGUGGACUCCUGUAUGCAGAUCUUGGAACUCUGUUCUGAGCUGGAGAUCGUAUUCCAUGCAAGGGGAGAACGUUGCAUUUGGAGUAACUGUUGUUGAUGACCGUGGUGACAUCCAAGAUCUACGAAAGCCCCGUCUGAAUCAUUUCAUCGUUCUUGUAUUUCCAAAUUGCCAGCUUGUAUUACUGUUUUUCUUUGCCGUGCCGAUUCCGUGCGCUUCUGGGGGAGCCAGAUGACGAGCGAAUGUCGAGGGAAGAAACCCUGGCGCACAGUAUCAGGCUUGACCGUCGAAGCCCGCGGCCUAGGCUUACAUCAGUUUAUUCAAUGGUAACAGGUUCACGUAGUCCCUCAUUUUCAACCGUAUAUUCCAUGUAGAUGACCGUAUGAUAUCCUACACAUGCACGCUAAGGAAGCUCUCACCCAGCACCGGCGGAAGCAGUGGCGGAGCCCGUGGCGCCCUCAGCGAGCAGCUUUUGUCUCAGAGCUAGGAAAU